AGCGAGACCUUCAAUCACGAUAUCAUCCGAUAACUAGACGUCAACUCCACCUUCUUCACCUUAUAAAGCUCAAGAAUUCUCCCAAACUUGGCUAUAAGUCAAUAGCACAACCGCCAGUAUGGAUGAGGCAUACAACCAACACUAUCCGCACAUUCGGCUCCACAACCGUUCCUCGACCUCACUGAACGCCCUCUCUCUCGCGCCCCUCACCUCCCGAUUCCCCAUUGAUGAUGCGGACGAAGCUCAGACUCCACAACCUCCACAACCUCCACGACCUGAACACCGCCUCUCAUACCUAGAAACUGCCUCUAUCCCACCGUCGCCCGGCAUUCUGGCCAGCUCCCGCUCCCCGUCGCGCACCAGACCCCGGCGAUCCCUGAGCUCAUCUGGCAUCCCAAAGUCCAAGUCGAGCACACAAAUCCACAAAGACGUUACCUCCGCUCACUACCCUAAACCACAUGUCCAUAAAAGCGGUGCUAUUACCCCCGGGCCGCGCCCAACCCACGGAAACAAGCACCGAUCUAUUGCGUCAGAAGACUUCGCGCUCGGAUUCUUCAAUCGCAGGAAGCCCGACGACGACGACUGGCUACUCCGCACUGGCUCCCUGAUCAUCUCAGCCUCGCGCGAGUCGAAGGGCCAAGCAUGGCUAGUGUCCCGCGCCAGCUCUACCUCCCUGGCGGGCCUCGAUAAUGACGACGACUCGGAGGAUGACCGUGUCGCUGAAUACGGCUUCGUCCGCUCCCGCCGCCCAAGUGGAGACGCCGAUGACGAACUAUCCCUCGUCACAACUCGAUCUUUCGCCGCACACAGCCGGAGCGCUUCGCGCUUUGCCUCCCGCACACAGAGCCGGGCUCACUCGCGUGUACAAUCUCGUCGAGGGAGUAGAUCGGGGCUGGUUCUCACACCGCUUCAAGCGCAGGAGAUGGACAGCUACUUCCAGCUCGCUGGCAUCGACAUGACGAAACCGGAUUUUGUCGAUGUCGAUGAGGAUGCUGAGGCAGAGCCUGCGCAGGCCCGUCAUGACGAGAUGCUCAUGCGGCGGCUUGCGAAGACAGGGACGCUGGGUCUGGGGACGUGGGUGGAGCGGCUGAUGGGGUGGAGCCUUUUUGCGGUGGAAGAGGAUUGGGAGGAGACGGAUGGUGAAGGGGAAGGGGCCGAGACAGAGACUACUGAUACGGAUGUAGAGGGUUAUGGGCGAGGCAGGAAGGAACGAGAACGGAAGCAAUGGGGGGAGAUGCUUGAGAAGGAGGCAAAGGAGCAAGGUGUUGUGUUGCCCCCGCCGCCGGAAGGAUCUGAAGAAGGGGGAUGGGGAGAUGCGGCUUGGUUGUUGAGUGUUGCUACGAAAGUGCUUCUCUGAGCGUAUAUAGAAAUGCUAAUAUUAAUAUUAAUGAAAGGAUGCUUCGGCGGAUUUAUUAGAAUAUGA